AUGGACAUCCCCAAGGCCAGUGUUUUACUGUUUUUUCCACUAACAUUGGCUCUUGGGUUGGUAACAAGGAAUCUUUUACUUUUGUUUGGUGCCCUCCCUACGGGAGGAUAUCUUUUGGAUCCAUCCAAUUUGAUAAAUGGGAUAUUUGUAGGGCAUGCGUUUGAGAUAUUCGCAGCUCUGUUUGGUAUUGUCUCAUACUACACCUUCCAAGUUUACAAGAUGAUACUGCCGGUCUCAGUAGAUGACAAGACGAACCAGAAAAUAAUAAGCGGUCAAAUCAGCAAGGUUGUUAUCAUUACAACAUGGCUUAUUGUCACAAAAGUAUGGUUCUUUGGGGAUUCUUUAUUUGACCGCUUACAAGAACACACAGGCGCGACCUGUCAGUAUCCAGAAGGGUUAGAGAAGCUGAUUGCAAGGAACGACAACUACUCAAGUUGUGAACGAGCUGGAGGUCUGUGGACGGGAGGGUUCAGAGCCAGCGGCCAUCUUUUCAUCUUGACCACAGUACUGGGGUCUCUGGCUUUCGAAUGGAGAUCUGUUUUCGUGAAAGAUCCCAGUUUUUCCAGAUGGGGUUUGAUCCCCACCGCAAUCGUCAUGGCAUUCUGGAUUCUCAUGUUUUGGGUCACUUCAAUUUUCUUUCACACAGUAAUAGAGAAGGUUAUUGGAAUUGCUAUUGCCCUUGCAUUCUUGAGUAUACUGUACAUCUCCAAAGCAUGUGCUUAUGUAAACAUAAAUUAG